ACUGGAGCCUGAAAACGGUUCAGAUUGAGGACGCUUUGAGUCCUCCCUUUUUCUACUCGCAUGCAACCAUCCUCCUCUCAGCCGGUCCGCUCCUCUGUCGCCUCUCACAUUAUCGUCUCUUUAUAUUUUCCUUACUGAGCCGGUUCUCCUCCUGGGUGUGUGUGAUCCUCACCUCCCUUGCUGCUCCCUGAUCAGCUGCACCGGACACACGAUUCUCUCCAGCUGUGUGUGGCUCUCCAGUCCCGCAGGCAGGGUCGGCCAUGUUGUUAUGUGGGGGUUGAUCUGCAAAUCUCACCACAGUUGCUCUGCUGGAUGGAUGAAGUGAGGAUGAAGGCGGUUCGGUCCCGGUUGGAAUAACUCGGAUUGUUUUUUUUUACUCGUCCCGGAUCUGACUGAGGAGAGGAAGAGGGGAGAAAGGAAAAUACACAAGAAGAAGAAGGCUGAUUUGUGAAGGCAGGGCAAGACGAUGGGCUGCAUCAAGAGCAAAGAGGACAAAGGCCCUACAAUGAAGUAUCGGCCGGAGAAUUCCACGGUGUCGGACCCCAACGCCACCAUCACCACACCUCAUGUGGGUCACUACGGGCCGGAUCCCACCCAGCUGCAGCAGAACCAACAACCCUCCUCCUCAGCAGGCUCUGGGGCUGCAAACUUCAACCACACCCUCACACCAUUUGGUGGCUCGUCUGCCAUGACCCCCUUUGGAGGAGCGUCGUCCUCCUUCUCCGGUCCUGUGUCCAACUCCUUCUCUGGUGCUGUCUCAAGUGGUGUUACGUUCUUUGUGGCCUUGUACGACUAUGAAGCUAGAACAUCUGAUGAUCUCUCGUUUAAAAAAGGAGACCGCUUCCAGAUCAUCAACAACACAGAGGGAGACUGGUGGGAGGCUCGCUCCAUCAACACAGGGAGGAACGGCUACAUCCCGAGCAAUUACGUGGCUCCUGCCGACUCCAUCCAGGCUGAAGAGUGGUACUUUGGUAAAAUGGGACGUAAAGAUGCUGAGAGGCUGCUGCUGAAUCCAGGAAAUAAUCGAGGGACUUUCCUGGUGCGAGAAAGUGAAACUACUAAAGGUGCUUAUUCUCUCUCCAUACGAGACUGGGACGAAGCCAAAGGAGACAAUGUGAAACACUACAAGAUCCGCAAGCUCGACAGCGGGGGAUACUACAUCACUACACGCGCACAGUUUGACACAUUACAGAAGCUUGUCAAACACUACACAGAGCAUGCCGACGGGCUUUGCCACCGGCUGACCACAGUUUGCCCCACAGUCAAGCCUCAGACGCAGGGGCUCGCCAAAGAUGCGUGGGAGAUCCCGCGGGAGUCCUUGCGACUGGAGCUCAAACUGGGCCAGGGCUGCUUCGGAGAGGUCUGGAUGGGCACGUGGAACGGCACCACGAAGGUGGCCAUAAAGACGCUGAAGCCGGGCACCAUGUCACCCGAGGCCUUCCUCCAAGAGGCUCAGAUCAUGAAGAAGCUCCGGCACGACAAACUGGUGCCUCUUUAUGCUGUGGUGUCCGAGGAGCCCAUUUAUAUCGUCACAGAGUACAUGGCCAAAGGGAGCUUGCUCGACUUCCUCAAAGAGGGUGACGGCAAAUUCCUGAAGCUUCCCCUGUUAGUGGACAUGGCUGCACAGAUUGCUGACGGCAUGGCUUUCAUCGAAAGGAUGAACUACAUCCACAGGGACCUGCGCGCCGCCAACAUCCUCGUGGCCGACAACCUGGUGUGCAAAAUCGCCGACUUUGGUCUGGCCAGGUUGAUAGAGGACAACGAGUACACAGCGAGGCAAGGAGCCAAAUUCCCAAUUAAAUGGACAGCUCCGGAGGCUGCUCUGUACGGCCGCUUCACCAUCAAAUCAGACGUCUGGUCCUUUGGGAUCUUACUCACCGAGCUUGUCACCAAAGGCAGAGUGCCCUACCCAGGCAUGGUGAACCGUGAGGUACUGGAGCAGGUGGAGCGAGGCUACCGCAUGCCCUGUCCCCAGGGCUGCCCCGAGUCCCUGCAUGAGAUGAUGAAGCUCUGCUGGAAGAAGGACCCGGACGAGAGGCCCACGUUUGAGUACCUCCAGUCCUUCCUGGAGGACUAUUUCACCGCCACAGAGCCACAGUACCAACCUGGAGAGAACCUAUAGCCUGCCUGGACUCUGCUGCAUAUCCCUACGCCUGGGAGCAGAUGCACUUAAAGACACGAGCUCUUAAUUAUUCGACUCUACGAAAAGUCGACUGGAGACCAGGCUAACCAGUCGCAUAAACCACUACAUGCUCCACCCAUUGGUUAUUUUUUUAUUUCAGUGUCCGCCACCAUUUCAUUUUACUUUUAUAUUUUUUUCUUUUAAUUCAUGGUACGACACAGGUCUUAAUGUUUGAUUUUUUUAUCUUUUAAAUACACUACAUGUUGAAUUCUCUCUCAUGAACACAGUAUAAUUGCUGUAAAAAUAAGCUGUGAUAAUUCCUCACAAUAGAGAAACACAGUGUUAAGACUGAUAGUCCGACUGUUCUGUGGUUUAAUGUGGAGAUCUCACACUCCAUUUCCCUCCAAAUUGUAUUCUUUUGUGGUAAAUUGGUAAAUUAUGCAUCAAAACAAUGAAUUAUUAACAGAGAUAAUAUAUUAAACUAACAGGGAGAAGCUCUCAGGGGACUGAUGGUCAUUAUCACAGUCCAUUUGACAAAGAUUAUUUAAAAUUAGAUCCCACACAGCUUAACUUUAAUUACAUUUCAGCAGCUACAGUGCAAUCUUUUAUUUCUUACAAAUGGCUGACCAGAGUGAGACUGUGACAUGGUCUUUUAAGCCUUUAUAAUACUUUAAAAUGCGUUCUGUUUUUUUUAUAUUAUUUUCUUCUGUGUUCUUUUAUUAUCACAAGACUUUAUCACAUUUUAUUCACAUCACACGGACGUGGUUUUACAGUUUCAGUUGAAGACUUCCUGACUGUCCAUCAUCAUCCAGACAAUUCUCUGCUAAGACUUUUUAUAACAAUGCCAUAAUUCUUUCUUCCCGUCACUGCCUGGGUUGUAUAAUCUCAGUUGACAUAAAACAGCCUGUAUAAUGUGUCAGUGAGUUAAACAGUGAUGAAACUAGUGGACUCGCGGCUUCUUGCCAGCUUAGAAUGACACUUCACAGUCACAAGAUGAUUUUACUGGCUGUAAAACUCUUUCUCAAAGUGGAAUUCAUGAACAAAACAACCAUUUAAUCUUCUGAAAUGUGACUGAACGAAGCACUUGGGACUCCUUCACGUUCAUGUAUCUAAGGUGGCACCACAGAAACUCUUUGUAUAGCAAUGAUUACAGUUUUUUACAGUGAUUUUAUCUUUGCAUUUUGCUUCUGUGUGGACUCUUCGGGACAGUAUUGUGAUGGGAAUAACACUAAUUGACGCCUGAGCUUGUGAGAAAGGGCUUUGUAUAUUAUAAAAUCCUCAUUUUAUAAGAUUAUUCAUAAAACCGACAACAUUGCAAAAUAUAUUUGGGGGGAGGGAGUGGGUGGGUGGGGAGUCA